ACUAAAAUCAACUCACCUUUACUUUCCAUAGAUGAUUUUGGAGUUCUUCCCCAUAGAAGGCCUAUUACUACAGUUGUCGGAAGACCUAUUGAAGUUAAAAAGAUCGAACAUCCAACUACCGAAGAUUUGCUCGAAGUACAAAAGAAAUAUAUUGAUGAAUUAUAUAAUAUUUGGAAUACUUACAAAGAUAAAUAUGCUAAAAAUAGA